AUGAUUAAAUCGCCAUUUUACAGUUUUAACAAAAAUUCGUUGUUGGUUCAGUGCCUCAAGGGAGCAUGCUUAUAUUACAUUCCCCAAGAUUUGGCAGUCAUCGGAGCUUUCUUAUAUUACCAGCAUAAAAAAAAUCAACUUACAAAUGGUAAGAGAAUACGCGUAAAAAACUGCAAUGAGUCAAUAGAUAAUUUUUUAGUUAGAAAAAAAUUAAACAGAGAUGAAGUAAAAAUACGAAAGGCAAGAAAUGUAUAUUCGAUAUCGUUCAUAUGA